AUGCGCAUCCUUCUCACCGGUGGCGCCGGCUUCAUCGGCUCGCACGUCGCCGAGCGCCUCGCGUCGAGGCAUCCCGAGUACACGAUUGUCAUCCUGGACAAGCUCGACUAUUGCUCGAGCUUGAAAAAUCUCGAGCGCGCGAAAGAAUGCGCGAACGUGCGGUUCGUCAAGGGCGAUGUGCGUUCGUUCGAUUUAUUGAGUUACGUCUUGCAAAGCGAGCGCAUCGACACCGUCAUGCACUUCGCCGCGCAGAGUCACGUGGACAACUCUUUCGGGAACUCGUACGAGUUCACGAAGAAUAACAUCGAGGGCACGCACGCGUUACUCGAGGCGUGCGUGCGAGCGCAGAAGACCGAAAUUCGACGAUUCCUGCACGUGUCCACGGAUGAGGUAUACGGGGAAAAUCUCAUGGAUUCAAACACCGAGCACGCGUCGCUCCUGACGCCCACCAACCCGUACGCCGCGACCAAGGCGGGCGCGGAGAUGCUCGUCAUGGCGUAUGGACGCUCGUACGGACUACCGUACAUCAUCACUCGCGGAAACAACGUGUAUGGGCCGAAUCAGUAUCCAGAGAAGGCGAUUCCAAAGUUUUCAAUCCUCGCGAAACGCGGGGAAAAGAUUUCGAUACACGGCGACGGCGACGCGACGCGUUCGUACAUGCACGUUGACGAUGCGUCUUCGGCGUUCGAUGUCAUUCUCCACCGCGGGACGACGGCGCAGAUUUAUAACAUCGGCUCGCGCGAAGAGCGGACGAUCUUGUCCGUCGCUCGGGAUGUCUGUAAGCUCCUCGAUCGCGACCCGGAAACGACCAUCGAGCACGUGAGCGAUCGAGCCUUCAACGACCGAAGAUAUUUCAUCGAUUGCUCAAAGCUUUUAGCGCUCGGAUGGCGACAAGAAAAGUCCUGGGACGUCGGUCUCGCGGAAACCGUGCGUUGGUACUCGAAUAACGACUUGAGCGCCUACUGGGGCGAAUUCUCACCUGCGUUGCGCCCGCACCCUUCGGCGAGCGCGGACGGUCGACGACGAUCGCUCGAGUUUGAUUUCACAAACGAGCUUGAUGAUUGCACGACACUGGCUUUGUAAGUGUGAGUGAUUGGAACUCCAGAUUGUGGUUCAAAUUGGUCCAAUCCCGAGUCGACGAAAGUCUUUUUCCAAGUUUUUUUCCAAGAAUUAUUUGCGUACAUCAUCAGCUUGCACUCGCCUCCCGGUUUGAGAGUCA